CACAAACACACUCACACACUCACACACACACUCGCACACACACUCGCACAAACAAAGCCUUCCUAAAACCGUUAAUUUGAGUCAGCUUUAAAGGAAAUCUACACCUCAGCUCAGUCAGAGUGCCUCGUCCUGCUGCUGAAAACGACAUUGUUUUGCUUUCAAAUGAGUGAAUUUCAGCAUAAGUUGGUUGUUUAACUUCCACACUGCCUGCUCUCCCAAAAUGAACUUUGUCUUGGUCUUCCCACUGAUGCUUGCACUGACUUCCUGUGGACAGAGUCACACUGAGGGGAUCGAACAGACUAAUGAUUCGUGCUACAAUUUAUGCCCAGCUGGAUAUCAUAAAGUUGGUGAUUGUGAUGAUCAAGUUAAAAAGUACAAAUGCAAGAAAUGUGAGCAUGGCACAUUCACGGAGGUAGAAAACUUCGUAGAGAAAUGUCGUAGGUGUGACUCAUGUAAUCAUGAUGAGGUGGUAAUAGAGCCCUGCACCUUUAACAGGAGCACAGUGUGUGGCUGCAUGGAGGGAUACUACAAUUCAGGAUCUUAUUCACGGCAAUGUUCAAUAUGUUCCUGCCCGCACUGCCCACGGAAUGCUGACUACUACACGAAGUGCCCACACCCCCGGAGGCCAACGAAUACUGCAGCUUCGACAAAUCCAUCUACAACUCCAGUUGUGUCUCCAACCACAGUGGCAAACAAAAGAUUGAUGUCUACAACUGUUACACCAGCCUCAACUUCAACUCCCUUUCCAAACAAAGCUCUUGUUUCAACAUCCAAGGCUUUCACGAAUCCAUCAGAUCCUUAUAUAACAGAAAUUCCACGUAACCCGGGGAAUGCAGGAAUUUUUCUUGCGAUUCUUGUGAUUAGCUUUGUGUUGCUCUCAUGGUUCCUGCUGAUCUGCACCAUGAAGAUAUUCAAACACAAAGACAGUUUUUGCUGGAGGAGGAGGAAAGAGGCUGAAGUCUCCAAGAACGAACAACCCAGUCAUCAAGGCAGUAACCCGACCACACUGACGCUUACAUUCUCUGAGGAAACUCCCAUGUUGACUCUCAAUCAGAGUCCAGCCAUGUCAGAACAUCCAACCCACAUCAACACUCUCGUGCCAGUCAAUGGCCAGAUAGUUGCCAGACGAAAUGACCACGCAGAUCGCUGGCCGGCCAUCGUCCUCUACGCGAUCAUCAAGGAGGUGCCCUUGCAUAGGUGGAAGGAGUUCUUGCGUCUGCUUAAGGUGACUGACCAGCAGAUGGCACGAGUCGAGAUGGAGACUGGUUUCAGUCUCGGCUCCAUGGAGAAGCAGUACCAGAUGCUGAGGCUGUGGAGCCAGCACUCUUCCUCCAAACUCAGUGAUAUUUUCUCAGCCUUACACUACAUGGAAUUAUCCGGCUGUGCACAGAUGCUCCAGGAAAGCCUGGAACAGCUGCAGUGGACGCCUGACCAGAGACAGGCACUCACAGCCAUUUGAAUGGAGCAGUGUGGGACAACUGAGGCUGUACCUGGCGGCACAAGUGUAAUGCUAUCUAUAACAUGACUGGAAACAUAAAUUAUUCAGCCAUGGACGCUGGUGUGAAAGAUUAGACACUCGCUGGAAAGGACAUUACGAUCUGUAGCCAUAUAGUACAACCCUAGAAACCUGGAACAAUGUCGUAAAUAUCCCGUACUGAGUAAUGCAGACGUAGAUUAAAGCCAAAUAAAAACAUCUGUUAAACUGGAAUGUAAAAAAAGGGGACCCUUAUUUCAUGUUAAGACAGAAACCUAAAAUGUUGAAUGUAAACAUAUGAAAUAAUGGAUUUGUAGCAGUGCAAAAUGCAGUUUCGAACAUCAGGUUACUUCCUCAAGAGCAUCAUUAGCAUUUUUAGGAACCGCAUAACACCUCUUAACACACUCAUAAUAUUCUUGUAGCUUACAGUAGGUGGAGACAGUAAAUAAAUAAAAAAAUAUUGAGGGAAGUCCCCUUCCCUUAACUAAUGGCUGCUGCCAAAAGUUGUUUAGAACAAUGUAACCUCCAGUUUUUUGUGUGGUGCCUCUUAAAUGCCAACAAUGGAGGCUGCGGUUUUUACAGCAGUACUGCAAUGUACAUGCAUAACUGGGAGGUGUUUGUGCUUAAAGGGUAAGCAAGGAAGUUGCACUUCCUUAGUGUAGUGUACGUGAUUGUUUUACCUCCACAAGUCUGUGCUUGAGAUUUCUCUGUUUUUUUCCCCUUUUGACUUGUCAAAGGACAGACUUUUUCAGUCUGAAUCUUUAAACUGUGCGUGUGCGUGAUCACUCCGUGCACAUCUGGGAUGUUUGUGCAGCACAGCUGCAGACGUCUCCCUCGUUUGGUAUAACAACUCAGCCACUGAUUGUUAUUGUGCACUCUCGCAGAGGAAGAAAACUGAAAUCCCCAAAGGACGUCAGUUUUUCAGUUUCCUGCAACUAAAUGGUGUCAGUGUUCAGCAUGCUGGGUUUUUCCUCACCACACAUAUUCCAUUUGAACGGAUGGUUCUCACUUGUGGUGUUUGGGUAUCUCACUUUGAGAGGUUUUUUUGUGUGUCUAUGUGUGUGUGUCAUUAUACUUCAUUGACAGUAAAGGUCUUGGAUUUUCCCAUUUAAGAUGUUUAUUUAAGAAAAUUUUAAUGGGAAUGUAGGCCACUUUCCCUGAGAUAUAAAUAUUUGUAUAUGUUUUACAGGUUAAAGUAUAAUUAUUUUUUUUAUUUAUGAUCCAUUUGUAUGAAUAUUUGUGUGGUGCAGAAUAAACUGAAAGUGAAAAUCUUAAUGUUUUUCAUCUCAUUGUGGUCUUUAGUGGUACACUGUUAUGAAAACGUGCUACUGUAAAACCCCAAAUCAAAAUGUCACCUGUAUAUGUAUAUGUCAUGAAUAAAAUGUUUGGCCACAAGGUGGGAGUAUGGACUGUAUGUUUGAACCGCAGCAGCUGGUGUGCAUUUGUAAGCGCACACACACCCCACCUACAAAGAAAAUAGGAGCACAGUACUUGAAGAGCUUUUAUUCUUGAGUUGGAUUACACCCAUGAAUUGCAAAUUUGGGCUAAAAGCACAAAGAACAGCUGCCUUAUAUUGUUCAUAGUUACUGGAUGGAAAAAUAACAGAUCCCUUACAGGACGACAUUCACUUUAUGUGUUUACAUGCAGCUUCUAAAUUUAUAGCAUUAUUCUUCUGCUGUCAUGUAGAUAUGCUGUCAGGCUGCACAUCACCAUGUGUUUGCCAUGUUUUUAACCACACCAGUGUCACCUGCCAAAAAAGGGAUUUCCAGUAUUUCUCAAUAAAUAAAUAAAUAAAUAAAUAAAUAAAUAAAUAAAUAAAUGAAAGAUUACCAGAACUGAAACUGCUCUAAAUGACUUGUUGGCCUUUACUGUCACCUAUAUCUCGCAAAUGAUAUCACGUCAUAUAACAAGCUAUGCAGAGUAAGAAACACUUCUUUUACAAGGUAAAGGUUUUGUACUUAUUUAACCAGGUGAAAAGAUUUAUUGAAGUUAGAAAUGUGAUUUUCACAUCAUACUUGGCCAAGUGGGCAGUAGAAACCGCAAGAAGUUGAACACAGCAGAUAUUUUAAGUGUCCAAAAAAAAAAAAUUUGGACAGAUGAUAAUGUUGAACACAGAGUAGGCACAAUAAAGCAGUCAUAAAGAUCUUUGCAAAACAGGUCAUUUCUUUAGUUUAUGUAUAUAUAAAGGCUUUUUAAAUCCUCUUGACUACUGCCUUUUUAUCAGUUUAUAUUUAUCAAUAUAAACACAGAAAAUCACUUUUUGGCAUGGGGUGGCUUUAAUUUUUUUUUUUAAUAAGAGGUUAAAGAUGAAGUUAAUUUAAUUUUCCUUAUGUCUUGAUCUUUUUCUUUUAUAUCAUGGGUAGGUGUUAUAUACGCUGUAGCUUCAACCCACACCUUUUCGAUUUGUCAUUUCUUCUUUUCUUUUAAUCAUUUCGUGUGCUAUAAAUGAACCGAAUAAAGACAGUUAACCACCGGGAGCACCAGCUACAGCACAGUUUAGAGGCUAACUAAAGACGGAUUUAGCAUUUUUUU